UUCCGAAGACACGCGUUCAGGGCGCGAUUCCAGCUGCGAUCCAGUACUCACAAAGUUAGAAUUGAAAUGCAGACACCCAAUGACAAAAACGAGCCUCGCACUGACAGCGUUAGCACUACGGGAUCGUCUGCCCAAACCACAAAUGUUACGGCCACGAACCCAACAGAUGUUGCGGCCGAUCUGGUGAAAGUGUACUCACCUCCACCCCUUUCCACAUUGCCAGGUGGGCGUCGACCAGGAUCUAUGAGACGCUUAUAACUUAUGGAAUCCGAUGCGCAAAGCCGAUAUACCGGACGAGGAGUUCGAGCCUACAACUGCGGAGCUGAAGGCAGCAUAUGCAUCCCAGCAGAGACGCGUGGUUGCUCUGACAAAUGCACCCCUUAAGACGCAAGCAAUGAAGAAGCGGGAUGAGGAGGCACGUCUCAGUCGGUGGCCUACGACAAAGAUACGGAUAAAAUUCCCCAACCAACUCAUUCUGGAGAGGUCAUUCCCAUCCACAGAAAAAAUAAAAUCUGUCUAUCAAUUCGUUCGCAGUUCACUCAUUGAGGAAGCACAAUCGGAUAAAUUCAUACUUUAUCAGCCACCUAAACGAGAAUUAAAAGUUUCUGACCCAGAAGUGAGACUACAAUCAUUAGCACAAUUAGAUCUUGCCCCGUCAUCCUUAUUGCUAAUCAAAUUCCAGACCGAUGGCUACAAUGAUCCGAUACGUCCCCCACCUCUUCUCUCACGACUUCUUGAACAAUCGGUCCCACUCCCCACUCCAAAAAGAGAACAAGAGCCUCCAUCUUCAUCUUCCUCAAAGAUGGGCCCCCUCGCCUCUAGCUUGGGAAAGAAGAUUCCAAAAUGGUUUAAAAAAUUGAGAAAAAAGUGCUUUUCCGGACACGAUUAACGCGCACACGGGUGGCUCAAACCCAAUGCAACAUUGAUUGUUG